GGGAGAGGCAGGGGGCGUUCCCGUCGCCUUCGUUCCUCAUCGGCGUGAGAACCACAACAAAGCGGCGACGACGCAGCGGAUGGCAAGCGAGCCUGAAUAAAACGCGAAGCAGACAGCUACAGCCAUGGGCAAGUCCCAGUCACACUUGGCCAAGCAAAAAGACGAGAGCCAGGACGCGCUGACGGCUGCUGGCGAGUACAGAGAUGGUCAGGCAGAAGAGGAGGGAAAGAAUGGAGAUGUAUCUGAGUUCCCCUACGUGGAGUUCACCGGACGGGACAGCAUAACAUGCCCCACGUGUCAGGGCACCGGGAGAAUCCCACGGGGUCAAGAGAAUCAGCUUGUGGCUCUGAUUCCGUACAGCGACCAAAGGCUCAGGCCAAGCAGGACAAAACUCUAUGUCACGAUAUCAGUGGCUCUUUGCCUGCUGCUUUCUGGCCUGGCUGUUUUCUUCCUGUUCCCUCGCUCCAUUGACGUCUCCUAUGUGGGAGUGAAGUCUGCCUACGUCUCCUACGAUCUGGACAAACGAAUUGUCUAUCUCAACAUUACAAACACUCUGAACAUCACCAAUAAUAACUACUACGCCAUAUCUGUGACCAAUAUCACAGCACAAGUGCAGUUCUCCAAGACAGUGAUAGGCAAGGCCAAGUUUAACAACAGCACAGUGAUCAUACCACUGGAUGAACAGCAGAUUGACUACACAGUUCCCACCACCAUUGCUGAUGAGAUGAGUUAUAUGUUCGACUACUGCACUCUGCCAACCAUUAAAGUUCACAACAUAGUGGUCAUGAUGCAGGUGAUGGUGACAACAUCGUACUUCGGACACGCGGAGCAGGUCUCCCAGGAGAUGUACCAGUAUGUGGACUGUGGGGGGAACACCACCUCCUUGCAUGGGCACGUGCAGGUCUACCAGUAAGACCCAGGGCAUCAGAUACUGCUGUAACUGAGGUUCUCAACAGAGGUUGACUGGGCUGACUUCCAUGUAGGAAAUCUCUGCUCACUGACAAUGGAAUAAUGGACAGGGACAUAUAAUUUCUUAAAUUAGUCACAGUGGCUCAUCCAUUUUCAUAAUUCCUCGACCAAUUUUUUCCCCCAUUUACAGGCCAGACAUGACAUUAAAAAGUUGUAUUCUGCAAUAAAUACCUCCAAAUGACGGUUGGUUACUUGUCAAACAGGCUGUCAAGUUCUGCCACAGCCAAAAUUUUUGCCUCAAUGUUUGUAGUCAUUUCCUACCCUAUUGCCAAAAAAUAAACGGAUAUACUUUAAUAUUCAAGUUAUUGGAAGGCAUUCCUUUAAUGUUUACACUGUCACUCCUGAACCAUUCAAUGAUUGGAAGCAGUAGUUUCAGAUAUGAUGCACUUUAGCCUGGUCCUUAUCUACAGAGAGUACUAAGAAUGCUGUAACUGCUGCCCCCCCCCCACUAUUCUAUACCACUUUUAAGUACUUUAAAUGAAAAUUCAACAACUACGUUGUGAGAGGUACUUCAUUUUUUUUUUUUUUUUAUAAAAACACAGUGAAAACCACUGAGCAGUUCCUAACCAUUUCUUUCUGCACCAGUUUCAUUCCUACUUUAUUUUGUUUCAUAAAACAUAGUUCUUGAUAUUAUAUAGUUCAAUAUGUAUGAUGUAUUAUCUUACGUCUUUUUUGUUUGGUCCAAAGUUCUUUUUUCUCAGCUUGAGUAAAGGGUGGUAGUAUCAUUCUUUUCUUAUCAUUCACUUGGGUGAUUUAAAAGCAAAUGUGACUACUGUGAAGACUAUGACAUCAGCAUAUUUUUAAUGAAUAACUGAAACCAUUUUUUUGCCAUUUAAGAAGAAAAAAUAACUUUUUAAAAGGGAUAAUAUUUUCAAUUUCAUAGCAAAUGUGGGCUAUUACAGUGGGUUAUUAAAUACAGGAAUGUGUAAAUAAAAAAUAUGUACCUUCCUUCUGGUUUGCUUCAAAACACAUUAUAUCAAGAAUAAUGUCUGGUUUGGAAGUAACUUUUUCCCAUUAAUGAGAUUGUCCUAUUUUGUGGGUUAUAGGGAUAUUUGUUAUAUUAAUCCACUCGGCGUCUUUAACUUGUAUUUUGAGUUUUCUGUUAAGUUUUGAAAUGAUAAUGACUUCUGUCAGUUUUAUCACAUGGAAUCAUUUUGGAUUGACGGAUGAUUUCCAGAAGUGAAACACGAUGUGUAUUUGAAUGCUUUGAAAAUAUUUUACAGUUUUACAGCAGCACAGAUUGUAGAAGUUACUAAAUUACUUUUUUCUGAUAGUAGAUGCUCAUAACACAUAAAUGCCCUAUACUUGAAUUAUUUCAAAGUUCUGAUCAUUUCUGAUCUGAGUUAUUUUGUGAUCUCCCAGUAAAUACAAUUUCUAAACUGUAACCCUA